AUGCCAGACGAUGAGCGUUUCCGUACAGAAAGCCAACAUUUCGAUUCAGGACAUCGGGCAGUCCGGAAUAAAGACAUCGGGCAGUCCGGAAUAAAGACAUCGCACAAAAUUAAAGCUGUCGUCAAGUCCCGCGUUUCGUCGUACGCUCGAUCUAUGGAAUUCCUUGUGUUACCGAAGGUCACAGCGAGCCUGCCAACGUCCACUAUUCAGGCAAGUGGAUGGGACAUACCUGUAGACAUCGAGCUGGCGGAUCCAGAGUUUUUCCGGUCGAGGAAGAUCGAUUUGGUAUUGGGCAUCCAAGCUUUCUUCACCUUCUUCCCGUCAGGAAGAGAAAUUCAAUUAGGCAAGAGCCUGCCUGUAUUGACAGAGUCCGUUUUCGGAUGGAUAGUGACAGGCGAAGUCACAUCGGAUAGUCAGGCGAUUAGAUACUCCUGCAACAUGGCAGUGUCGGACGAUCUGGAAGAGAUAAUGGCACGGUUAAGGUCCUGCGAGGAAGUGGGAGCCGUCAACAAACACUCUCCGAAAGAAGGCCGCUGCGAAGAGCUGUUCGAAAACACGGUGAAGCGAGAAACGGAUGGACGUUACACAGUUACCCUUCCAAAGAACACUGAAGUGCUGGCGAAAAUUGGUGAAUCGAAAGACAUCGCAUUGACGCGCUUACGAGCUGUAGAGCGAAGGUUGGCGAAAGAUCCUGAUCUACAGAGGCAGUACAGCGAGUUUAUGACCGAAUAUAUCAAUCUCGGUCACAUGCGAAAGGUGGACGAACCUGAGGAUAUGACAGUUUUCUGCCACAUCAUCCGGUUAUUAAGCAAACGAGCACCACGACCAAAGUGA